CCAGCACGUCCCGCGCAUCCCCGCGGGCGGCGUCUCCACUGCGGCAGCCGCCCUAGCGCAGUGCCGCAGCGCGAGCCCGGGUGGCCGCUCGCUGCUUGCCGCGGCCGGCGCUGCCCUCGCGGCUGUGGGCUGCGCCUCGCUGCCGGCCGGCUCUGCGCGGCUGUGGGCGCCACGGCGCGCCCUGUGCUCCGUACGGGUGUGCCGGACGGCAUGGGAUAAGACGCGGCCAUGGUGCGCCGAGAUCGCCUCCGCAGGAUGAGGGAGUGGUGGGUCCAGGUGGGGCUACUGGCUGUGCCCCUGCUUGCGGCCUACCUGCACAUCCCGCCCCCCCAGCUUUCUCCUGCUCUUCACUCAUGGAAGUCAUCAGGCAAAUUUUUCACCUACAAGGGACUGCGCAUCUUCUACCAAGACUCUGUGGGUGUGGUUGGAAGUCCAGAGAUAGUCGUGCUUUUACAUGGCUUUCCAACAUCCAGCUAUGAUUGGUACAAGAUUUGGGAAGGUCUGACCCUGAGGUUUCAUCGAGUGAUAGCCCUCGAUUUCUUAGGCUUUGGCUUCAGUGACAAACCGAGACCACAUCACUACUCCAUAUUUGAGCAGGCCAGCAUCGUGGAGGCUCUUCUGCGGCAUCUGGGGCUCCAGAACCGCAGGAUCAACCUUUUGUCUCAUGAUUAUGGAGAUACCGUUGCUCAAGAGCUGCUCUAUAGGUUCAAGCAGAAUCGUUCUGGUCGGCUUACCAUCAAGAGUCUCUGUCUGUCAAAUGGAGGUAUAUUUCCUGAGACUCACCGUCCUCUCCUUCUCCAAAAGCUUCUCAAAGAUGGAGGUAUGCUGUCCCCCAUCCUCACACGAUUGAUGAACUUCUUUGUAUUCUCGCGAGGUCUCACCCCAGUCUUUGGGCCAUACACCCGACCCUCUGAGAGUGAACUGUGGGACAUGUGGGCAGGGAUACGCAACAAUGACGGGAACUUAGUUAUUGACAGUCUCUUACAGUACAUCAAUCAGCGGAAGAAGUUCAGAAGACGCUGGGUGGGAGCUCUUGCCUCUGUAACUAUUCCCAUUCAUUUUAUCUAUGGGCCUUUGGAUCCCGUGAAUCCCUAUCCGGAGUUUUUGGAGCUGUACAGGAAAACGCUGCCGCGGUCCACAGUGUCGAUUCUGGAUGACCACAUUAGCCACUAUCCACAGCUAGAGGAUCCCAUGGGCUUCUUGAAUGCAUAUAUGGGCUUCAUCAACUCCUUCUGAGCUGGAAAGAGUAGCUUCCCUGUAUUACCUCCCCUACUCCCUUAUCUGUUGUGUAUUCCACUUAGGAAGCAAUGCCCAAAAGAGGUCCUGGCCACCAAACACUAUUCUCACAGAAGUCCACCUGACUCACACUGGUGAACAGUAUAUAGUAAAAAGCCAGCAGAGGCUCUAAGGGUGACCUGAUAGUCCACCUUCUGUUCCUCUGACAUCUGACCAAGUGUAUGGACUUGCCUUUGUCUUUGUGUUAUUAGGAAAUUCUGAUGAGCACGGUUACUCACUGAUGCAGAAAGACAAACAGACAGACAUUCUUUUGCAUAAAAGUCUUAACAUUUCUAUGGACUUUUCUGAAAUAUUUAGAAAUGCUAAUUUCUAGCCCAACCCCAAUUGGAAUCAUAUAACAAAGAAUGAGGAUAUGGUGCCUCCUUACUUCUCCUUUGGAUGGCUUUAAGGGCACAUGCUUUUUUACGUUCUCUAAGCAAUAGACGUUUUGUUAAAAUAGGUUUUGGUUUAAAUAAUGCAGUAUUCUAAAUAUACUUUGACUAUGAUUUAGCUACAUGAAUUAUAUAUAUUUUAUAAGCAGACUAAACCAGCACAUACUUAUUCUGGCAGAGUAGUGAACCUUCUUAAACAUCAAUUCUUUAAUUUCUGAAUAAAUUGGACUAAAUCCAGACUAUUUACAGAAUUUCCUAAAAUCACAGGACAUUAAGGACCAACAGCAAUCUGUGCCAGAUUUUCACUGUUAUUAGCUGGAAAGACUAAUUCAAACAGCAAAUAACAGUCCGGCUCUUCAUACCUCAGUGCUUAGAAGCAUGUCCCUCCUGAGCUAAAGUGGAGGGGAGGGGAUCGUUGUACAGUCCAAGUGACCAUGCCGAAUGUACACUGAUUCCUUUUAUGAUGAUUGCUUAACUUCUCGUUGGUUGUCCCAGAGAGGCUUCCUCAUAUAGCUCAGCAAUUCCUGUGCUUUACAGACAGGAAAGUUCCAGAAACUUUAAAGAACAAAUUCUGAAAGGCCUAUGAGCAAAUGGUGCUGAAUACUUUUUUUUUAAACCACAGUUUCAUUGUUUUAGUCAAAACAGGAUUAAGUGAUUAUUUUCAAUUCUUUUUUUUUAUUAGCAACUUCAAGUAUAACUGAAACUGGAAUAAGUGUUUAUUUUCUAUUAAUAAAAAUGAAUUUUGACAAAAGUGGACUCUGGCUUCCCCUCCCCCACCACCCCUCUGGGAUAAGAGCUUUCCAGCAUUGCCAGGAGCUUUCAGACACAUUAAAUUAAAGAAUAUAAUGACGUUAAGCAGCUGGGGUAUAGGAUAGUAUUUGAUUUUCAAGAUCACCCAAAGCUGUACUAUCAGACCAAAGUUGACCAAGUGUAAUAAAAA